UGAAGGGACGAGUUGGCGGCGGCCAAUCAGCGUCCGGCUGAGCUGAGAGUAAUGUUACAGAUUGGGAAGAGUGUGAAGAGGCUGCGUAUCGAUCCCGCUUUCUCUCGCACAGCCAUUGCAGUACAUUGAGCUCCAUAGACACAGCAUUGGAACUUAAAAAAAAUAUAUAAAAAUGGGGAAAGGUGAUCCCAAGAAGCCCAGAGGAAAAAUGUCCUCCUAUGCUUACUUUGUGCAGACGUGCAGAGAAGAGCACAAGAAGAAGCAUCCUGAUGCAUCUGUAAACUUUGCAGAAUUCUCCAAGAAAUGCUCAGAACGGUGGAAGACUAUGUCUGCUAAAGAAAAAGGAAAGUUUGAAGAUAUGGCAAAAGCAGACAAGGUGCGCUAUGAAAGUGAAAUGAAAACUUAUAUACCACCCAAAGGAGAAACAAAAAAGAAGUUUAAGGACCCAAAUGCACCAAAGAGACCACCUUCGGCUUUCUUCUUGUUUUGCUCCGAGUUCCGUCCGAAAAUCAAAGGAGAGCACCCAGGUGCGACCAUUGGAGAUGUCGCAAAGAAACUAGGAGAGAUGUGGAAUAACACAUCUUCAGAAGACAAGGUGCCUUAUGAAAAAAAAGCUUCCAAACUGAAGGAGAAGUACAAGAAGGAUAUGGCAUCAUAUCGAUCAAAAGGCAAACCAGAACCUGCCAAAAAGGCUCCUGCUAAGCCUGAGAAAAGCAAGAGAGCAGAGGAUGAUGAUGACGAUGAGGAGGAUGAAGAUGAGGAGGAGGAAGAGGAAGAAGAGGAUGAGGAGGAAGAUGAUGAAUGAGCAUCUACAGGAGCGUUUUUUGUUAUGUUUAUUUUUUUUGUCUAUAUAGCAUUUAACCCCUUGUGCACAGCUCACACAUUUUUAAGACAAAAAAACAAAUCAAAUAUAAGAAUGUGUAAGAUUUGUUUUUAAACUGUACAGUGUCCUUUUUCUUCCCUUUUUUUUAUUUUUAUUUUUUGUAUAGUUAACACACUAUCAGCUGUUUCUUUAGGCUUCCCUGUCUUUUAAAAAAAAAAUUAUUUACCCCUCUCUUUUGUGGUUUCACUGGCCA